CGUUCGCACUUAGAAGUUAUAGAACGCACGUGUAACGUUGAUUUUAAGGCCUCAGUGAAGCACAACGCCGAGAGGACCGAGUUUUACCCAUAUUUUCACCUGUAACAAUACAAUAAUCUCCUAACAUGGCCGAUGAAGUAAACUCCAAAGCCUACCCUCUGGCUGAUGGUGACCUGACAAAGAAACUCCUUAAUCUGGUUCAGCAAGCCGUCAAUUAUAAGCAGCUCAAGAAGGGAGCCAAUGAAGCCACCAAGACCCUGAACCGUGGUAUCUCUGAGUUCAUCAUCCUGGCUGCUGAUGCCGAGCCCCUAGAGAUUCUGCUUCACCUGCCCCUCCUGUGCGAGGAUAAGAACGUCCCCUACGUCUUUGUCAGGUCCAAGGAAGCUCUUGGUCGUGCCUGUGGUGUCUCCCGUCCUGUAAUCUCCUGUUCAGUGACCACCAACGAGGGCUCCCAGCUGAAGCCGCAGAUCCUGAUCAUCCAGCAAGCCAUUGAGAAGCUCCUUAUCUAAAUAUUCUACCAUCUCAAACAACACCACGAUAUUGGAUGACUGGACAAACUUCUGUUCACGUUUUGCCAAUGCUACAUUUAAUAUAAUUUCCAAAUAAUUAUUUUCAAUCAUGAUUUCAAAUUUGGCAAGGAUUUUCAGAAAGAGAUUCAUUGUAAAUACAUUUUAAAAGUUGAAUUGACAUGAGGCAAAUUAUCAGUUCAGGGACAUUUUUCUGUUGCAUCAUCUACAGUUUUUGUAUGCAUUUUUCAAAAUGUCAUAUUUGGUGUUGUUACAUAUUCACACAAGUAACCGAAGGUCUAUCCUAGGAGUAUGUUUUCAUUUCUCUUUAAUAGCCCUCUUUUCAGACAGACCUUUCGUACCAGGACCCUUCAUCACUAUUUUAAUUAUUUAUAUUUGUAAUGCAUUCCAGCGGUGUUGGGGGAAAAUAAUCAUUAGAGAAAAAUGAGGAAUGGUCUAUAUCUUGUACAGACUUACGCUUUGCCAAAAUGAAUAUAGACAAAUUAAAGAAUAGAAAAGAGAGUUUGGAAACAUCUCACAGGUAAUCCGAAUCCAUAUUUUUAGUUCUGAUGAUUUUAAAAGAUUUAGUUUUCAUCAAACACUAAUUUAUUCCCAUGAAUUUAUUUCCACGUAAUCAUUUAUGGAACAAUGUUGGUCCUAAAAAGCUUUGUAAAUAUUAACUUGUAAGUAUUUUCAGGUUUUAGAAGAUCAUGCUUUUUAAAUAAAAUGUUUGAAAACCAAA